GACCUUUUUCUAGGUCGAUACAUCGAUGCCAGUCGGGGACAACUGUCCUCCGGGUUUUGACUAUGGUGUUGCGCUGUUGGAUAGGUUGACAAAAACAGCACUACAAUGGCCUUCUAACGACGCUGACCUACACCCACAAAAAUUAAAGGAGAACUUUGGGGUCGCUCUGUACGAGCUUCACCUUCUAAAAUCAAAGUUAGAGCAGCGGUCGUUUCAGCUUGAGGCCAAAUGUCGCGAGGAUGAGCGCACAUUCCGACUCACCCUUGAUCAACUUCGAGCCACAUUGUCGGAAUUGCAUGAUCAAUUCAUCAAACUCGACACGCAAGUCCAUUUGGUAUCAGGCAAGCUGAUUCAUCUGGGUGAACAACUGGAACGGAAGAACCUACCCCGUAAGCGUAUCGAAGAAGCCAGAGACCUUAUACUGGAGUUCUACAAAUUUUUGGGUGCUGGUGGAGGCACGUUUGCAAAUGUCGCGGUUAAUCUUCAGGGCGAUGAAGCUCAACUACUCGAAGCUGCCACACGCAUUAAAAGUUUGAGUUCUCUGUGUUUGGAACUUCCAGAUGAUGAACGGUUUCUACCGGCCAAGCAGCGCGUCACUGUUGCACAGCAGCAACUGGAAUCCACGUUACUCGAACGAUUCCGAUUGAGUUAUCUGAAAAGGGAUACUCACAUGAUGAAGCAGAUAUCCGAUGUUCUCGUCAACUCAAAGAGUCAUUCGAUGUGUACCGACAUUCUCGUGGAGGAAGUACUGAAGGGAUUUGAUACCAGACGGCUGGAUUUCCAAGAAAUCACAAAACGCUUGGUUUCCGCCGAAAAAGACAUUAUGAACAUGCUGUCUAGGCCGGAGAGUGUGUUGUUACAGUUGAUUCAUUCCAUGGUGACCAAUUUACUCAAGCCACAUAUGGACAGUCGUAUCAAGCCCGGAGCGGACGCCGACACCUUCCUCACCAACCUUUACACGGAGUACCAAAAUAUGGAUCGACUGGUUAAAGAGCUUUCAAACGAGCUCACCCUCAUCACUGAUCCUUCGCAACUUUCUAAGCUUUUUACCGUGCUAUUUUCGGACUAUCUGAAGAUCUACAUGCGCCGUGAAAGAGAAUGCCUUACUAAACAACUGACCAAACACUUGGCGCAGUUUUACGAGUCGCGUGGACAUCACAAACGAGCACUGCAAACCUCCGGUUUGGCUGAUUUGAAACGCGAUCUGAAGGUGAAACUUCACAUCUCCUUGGAUGGACGAUCUGCGAACGACUACGAAGUGUCAUUGCUUUCAGAGGAAGUCGCCGUGAAUAUUAUUGAAGACGUACGUAGAGCUGCCAAGCGCUGUCUCCUGCUUUCACAACCCUCUGAGCUUGCUGAGAAUGGCAAAAUUCUGUUCAGCUGCCUGUACAAAUUCCUCAUUGUGGAACACGUGGAUUACGGAGUCACACUGGCGCUGCAUGGUUUGCAGUUAACCGAUCCGAAAAACGUCUCUCCGAACCCGAUCUUCCUCACUGUUGUCCACGACGCUUCUUCGAUUUUGCAAUUUUUCGAGAAAACCAUGGACGAAUCCAUUAUCCCAAUAGUAAGCACUUCUUCUGUGCACUUGCAAGAACUCAAUACUAAGCGCCAAACUAUUCAUCAAGAGCUGGAAAGCAAAUUGCAAAACGGUCUGGACCGAUGUCUAAAUCUGAUUAUUUCUCACGUCCAACAUCUGUUGUCUACUGAGCAGCGCAAGAUGGACUUCCGCCCGGAAGCACCGGGUACCGCGGUCAGCAGCGCUAUGGCUAACGCAUCCCCACCAUCACAAGCAUGUCAAAAAGUGAUCGCAUUUUUGACCAAAGUGAUACGCGAGGCCAAACAGCAACUGGAUGGAGGCAAUUUGAAAAACUUUCUGUCAGAAUUCGGCAUGCGAGUUAACCGUGCAUUGGUGGACCACCUUUAUGGAUUUACUUAUUCCGAUACAGGUGGAUUCAUCGCGAUGCAAGAGGUCACCGCCUACCGAGAAGUCGCUAAACAGUUUGAAAAUCCAGCAGUGAACUGUCUCUUUGAUAUUCUUCUAAAACUGGUCAAUCUCAUGCUGAUCAAGCCGGAGAACGUGAAACAAGUGAUCCAAGAUUAUUUACAGUCAGGUAUACCCUCUGAAAUAUUGCAUAACUUCAUUCAAUUGCGAGCGGAUUACAAAUCGGCUAAAGUUCAAAUGGAUCUACAUGAAAGAAGCCUCUUCUGAAUACAUACGAUACAUCAACACUUUUUCAUUGUACAACAAACGAAGACUAUGACAUUAUCUUUUUAAUUAUUUCGCUUUUUUCCAUUCCUUUUCCCACCAUCUUUUGCAAUGUUGGAAUAUAUUUCUUUUCAAAUAGCC